CCGACACAGAAGACAUCACUCUUGAACUUGCUGAUUUAGGAAUUCAACGUCAGCCUGUGAUCAGCCCCAGGCGCGAGCCCUGCCUCCAUGCUGAGGAUGGAGCCGGUGAACAGCACACACCCCAGCGCUGCGGCCUCCAGCAGCCCCGUGGAGUUGCACGGGGUGGGCGGCAGCAACGGGAACGAAUACUUCUACAUUCUCGUGGUCAUGUCCUUCUACGGCGUUUUCUUAAUCGGAAUCAUGCUGGGCUACAUGAAAUCCAAGAGGCGAGAGAAGAACAAGUCCAGCCUCCUGCUGCUUUACAAGGAUGAGGAGAGGCUGUGGGGGGAGGCCAUGAAGCCCCUGCCCACCGUGUCAGGCCUGAGGUCCAUGCCGGUGCCCAUGAUGCUGAACAUGCUGCAAGAGAGUGUGGCCCCGGCCCUGUCCUGCACCCUCUGCUCCAUGGAGGGAGACAGCGUGAGCUCCGAGUCCUCCUCUCCAGACGUGCACCUCGCCAUCCAGGAGGAGGGGGCUGAUGACGAGCUGGAGGAGACUUCCGAGACACCGCUCAAUGAAAGCAGCGAAGGCUCCUCUGAGAACAUUCACCAGAAUUCCUAGCACCCCCUGGGCCUCCGGAGAUGGCCCCGCCAGCCACCGUCACCCCUAGAAAGAGGAAAGACAUUUUCCAAGUGUGUGCUUUCACUUUGGCAGUGCGGCUGUCACUCUGAAAGACCCUGGGCAAAUCUCCAAAAUGAAGGAGGGGCCCCCCCAGGGAAGACCAGGCUCAGUCAGAGUCCUUGAAGUGCCAGUGGUUUGGACCCACCACUGAAUCCCCACUGUCCCCCAAA